AUGUCGACCUACUGCGACUCGAUCCCGACCCUGUCGGCGCCACCCGUCCUGAGCGAGCGCGGGCAGCGCGCCCUCGUUCGCCCGCCGCUCCUCUGCUGUUCGCUGUUCGAGUGCCAGUACAGCACCCUCAACACGUCGGGCCUGAUCAAUCUCGGCGUCGCAGAGAACAGCCUCUGCGUCGAGUGGCUCGCCGACUUCUUCAAGCGCAACAUCAGCCUCGAGUACAGCGAUUUCACGUACGGCACGGCCUUGACUGGCUCGCACCGCCUCUUCGCCGCCCUGCGACACCUCUUCUCGACCUACUUUGCGGCGCACCGCCCCGUCGAGCCGUCGCACGUCCUGUGCGGCGGCGGCUGUUCGGCCAUCCUCGACUCGCUCGCGUCGGUUCUCGCCGACCCGGGCGACGUCAUCCUCAUCGCCCUUCCGGCGUACCCGGGCUUUGCGGCGAGCUUUGGCUGCCGCAGCGGCGUCGAGGUCGUCGGCGUGCGGCUCGAGCCGGGCGAGGAGGCGUCGCCGAGCGCGCUCGACAGGUUCGAGCGCGCGUACGUCGAGUGCGCCGAGCAGGGCAAGAAGGUGCGCGCCGUCGUCGUGUGCAACCCGCACAACCCGCUCGGGUUCUGCUACCCGCGCGCGACGCUCGUCGCCUACUGCCGCUGGGCCGAGGCUCGUCAGCUCCACCUCAUCAGCGACGAGAUCUACGCCCUGUCGACGUACGCUACCGCCGACGACCCGUGCCCGACCCCGUUCACCUCGCUCCUCGCGCUCGACCCUCUCGCCGAGGCCGGGUGCUCGCCGUCGCGCAUCCACGUCGUGUACGGCGCGAGCAAGGACUUUGGGUGCAACGGGCUGCGGCUUGGCGUCCUCGUGUCGCAGGCCAACCCGGACGUGCACGUCGCGAUCGAGAGCAGCGCGCUCCUCAUCAAGGUCUCGAGCGCCGCCGACGCCCUCUUGGCGUCGCUCCUCCUGUCGCCCUCGCUCCCUGACUUUGUCGCGCUCAACCAGUCGCGCCUCGCGGCCGCCUACGCUCGCGUGACGUCGUUCCUGCGCGAGCACGGCGUGCCGUACCGCCCGGCGCACGCGGGCCACUUUGUGUGGGUCGACCUGCGCGCGUGGCUCGAGGGCGGCGGGAGCGAGGGUCCGAGCGAGCUUGAGAAGGAGGCGACGCUCGCGAGGAUGCUCUGGAGCCACGGCGUCAACCUCGGCCGCGGCUCGGCGUACGGCGGCACGCCCGGCUGGUUCCGCCUCACGUUCACGGUGCGCACCGACUUCUUCGAGGCGGGCCUCGAGCGGCUCUCGAGGGCGCUCGAGGGUCGUGCGCGCAAGGGCGAGGACGUCGAGGUGACGCUGCGCGAGGUCGAGGGCGUCGGCGAGGUGUGCACGAGCCUGGUGGCGGCGGCGUGA